UCCCCGGGCGCCUCGGGUCGCUUCCAGCGGCAGCCUCCGAGGGCCGGAGGUGCGCCCGGUAGGGCCCCCCUUGUGCUGAGACCCCGGACGACACCUCGAAGGCCGAAGCGGGGCCUGCUUCUGGUUCCGCCGACGCUCCCUGGCCCGGCGGUCGGCCCUCCGGCCUCAGUGUCCCCACCCUUACAAUGAAGAACAGAGAGCCGCCCGCGGUGAGCACUGGCACCAUGAACGAGGCGAAGGAGGCCCUCCGGAGCAUCGAGCAGAAGUACAAGCUGUUCCAGCAGCAGCAGUUCACCUUCGUGGCGGCGCUGGAGCACUGCCGGGAGAACGCCCACGACAAGAUCCGGCCCAUCUCCAGCAUCGAGCAGGUGCAGAGCUACAUGGAGCACCACUGCAGCAACUCCACGGACCGCCGCGUCCUGCUCAUGUUCCUGGACAUCUGCACGGAGCUGAGCAGGAUCUGCCAGCACUUCGAAGCCCUGCACGCGGGCACCCCAGUCACCAACAACUUCCUCGACAAAUGCAAAACCCUUGUGAGCCAAAGCAACGACCUGAGCAGCCUGAGAGCAAAGUACCCUCACGACGUGGUGAACCACCUGAGCUGUGAUGAGGCCAGGAACCACUAUGGUGGUGUGGUCAGCCUCAUCCCCGUCGUCCUGGACCUAAUGAAAGAAUGGAUCGCCCACUCGGAGAAGCUGCCCCGCAAGGCGCUGCAGCACGUGAGUGAGCCCCAGAAACACCAGGACACCACCACAGCUGCGCCUCCCCAGGCCAAGGGCACCCGGCCUUGCUUAAGAAAGCACCAGUGUAGGCAACUCACAAAAGACAGCCUCAAACCCAGGGAGGGAGACAGAGGAUGUGCAAAACCUCCCUGGAGACCACCUGGUGGGAAACUGUAACUCAGAGCCAGUGACCUGCUCGCCGUCGGGGUGCUGUCCCAUCCUGUGGGGCAGUCACUAAACCCGGUCUCCACUGGCAGAUCCGUUUUCGCUGGCACCCACGGCCCCUGCCACUAAUGCCAUAGGGGACUGCCCAGUAUAUUACCCUUGCUCCCUCCCUUGCUUUGACUCCUAACUUUCCCCACCUCUGGGGCAGGCCCUGUGCAGAUGAAGAGGAGCCCAUUGACGAGUGGCUGAUGGAGGGUGUCCCGGGGGGCAGGGGAUGAGCGAGGGCUCUGAAAGCGGGGUCCCAGCCCUCUUCGACCUCCCUCCCAGCCCUUGCUCUGCCCUGCUCGCCCAGGCUGCAGGUCCAGGCUGAGCCAUGGA